AUGACGGAUAAUAUUCAUAUUCGUCUACUCUACUGGGAUUGUCGUGGAGCAGUUCAACCUGUCCGCUACAUGUUAGCUGAUAUUGUUGAAAAAUAUUCGAAUGUAAAUUAUACUGAAGAUUUUGAGUAUGUGGCUGAAGCAUUUCAGGUGUGGCCAAAGCAUAAACAGGAUGCAAAUAUCUCAGGUCCAUUUGGCACUCUGCCCGUGUUACACUGGAACGACGAAUACAUAAUUGCACAGACACUGCCAAUCGCACAACUUUUAGCACGAAAAUUCGGGUUAUAUGGUAAACCAAAAGAUUCCACCGUAGACAUGAUUUUUCAUAUGGCACUACUGGACAGUGUUGUCUCAUGUGCAUACACCGAUAUUCUCCUGAACAUGUUUACAUGUAUAUGGGCAAACGCCGAUUUUAAUGACAAGAACUCGUCCUGCUAUCGUAUCGGGAAGAAAAUGGCAGCUGAUACAAAAGUAUUGGAUAAAUUACUGAAACAAAGUUCAACACCCUUCUUCUACGAUCAACAAGAGCCAACAAUUGCCGAUUAUUUUGUAUUCGAAGCAUUCACUUUGCUUCGCGAUAUUACACCUCGCUUGUUACAUCCGAUAGACGACGAUUGCAAAACAUUACAAAAACAUGAACAAGCAAUGAGAGCACAACCUGGCAUCGACAAGUAUUUCAAACUAAAUUUAUUGCAUGAGACGGUGACAGGUUCAAGAAACGAAAAGCAAUGGCGACAACAACAACUGAAUGAAAAAGACAAGCAAUAAAUGAAAUUGUUGAAGAGGGCGAGCAAUUUCGUGUACUUCUGUGGCUAAAAAACAGUUGAUUUUGUACUUACUUUCAACGCAUAAUGUAGUGUAAUCCGCUAUUUCUUGUUAUCAAUGAGUACUGCUUGUCAAUAACGAUAUUACUUUUCUUAGUGGAUUUAUAUUUAAUUGAUACAAAAAAAAACUCGUAAACUUCAUUCACUCUCGUAACUUCCAUUGUGCAUAUUCAAUAUCUCUCUCUCGUUGUUUACUGCACUAUAUAUAUUCAUUGUAGAGCACAUACCUUUCAGUCUAUUGUAUAAUCGUACAUUCUUUCUUAAGCAGUUACGUUCAAGAAGAAAAAAACUUCGAAGUUAUUUUAAGUAUAGAAGAAAAGUAUAUAGUAAGAUUUUUAAGCAAAAUAAAGAAAAAAUUUAAAUAACUUUAUUUAUUUUAUGUUCUUUAUUUUACUUAAGGGUGGGGGGGGGGGGGGGGGGGGGGGGGGGGGGGGGGGGGGGGGGGGGGGGGGGGGGGGGGGGGGGGGGGGGGGGGGGGGGGGGGGGGGGGGGGGGGGGG